AUGUCUUUCGGUGGUGGAUUCGGUGGCUUCGGCCAGAAUACUCAGCAGAGCUCAGGCUUUGGAACUGGCUCUGGAUUUGGAGGCACGACUUCUGGAGGAGGCUUUGGAUCCACCUCAUCUCCAUUUGGGGGCGGUAACACACCAGGUGGCGGCCUGGUUGGAAACACCAGUAGCUUUGGGUCCGGUGGAGGAUUCGGCACGAACACACAAACUCAAUCAAAUUCGCUCUUUGGCAGCCAAAAUCGCACUAGCGGCUUUGGCACUGGCACAACAUCUGGUGGUAGUCUCUUUGGCGGCGGUACAUCUACUACUGGUGGCACUGGCUUUGGUGGUUUUGGUACGACCGGGACUACUGGUACCACUGGCACCACUGGAGGUUUCGGAAGCCCUGCCGCUGCUGGCGGAGGACUAUUCGGUAACAAGCCUGCUGGUGGAUUUGGCACUACAACCGGUACCACUGGUGGAUUUGGGGCAGGCAGCGGCGGUUUCGGCACAACCGGUACCACAGGCUUUGGUGGUGGAACAGGAACCGCGUUUCAACAAGCUGUUCCGCUUUGUGAAGGCACCGGAGGCACCCCGUUCAGUCCCUUUUCUGAAAAGGACAGCAGCUCCAAUGUGACCAAUUACUACCAGAGCAUCUCGUUUAUGCAACCGUACAGCAAGUAUUCCUUCGAGGAACUGCGUCUGGCCGACUAUAACCAGGGCCGGAGAUAUGGAAACGCUAGUGGACAGGCUGGAGCCUUCGGCACCUCUGCUUUCGGAGGUUCUGGCUUUGGCACGCAGCAGGCGACCACUGGAUUCGGUACGACUUCAUCGCCAUUCGGUGGCGGCACCAGUGCCCCCUCGGCCUUUGGUACCACCCAGACGGCAGGAGGAGGAUUCGGCAACACCACCAACCCUCUGUUUGGUGCGUCCAAGCCAGCAACCUCCCUCUUCGGAGGUGGAACCUCGACAACUUCUCAACCCAGCUUGUUCGGCGGCACCACCGCCACGACUGGUGGGUUUGGCACCACACCAACUGGCACAACCGGUUUUGGAACUGGUGGCUCGUUGUUCGGCGGCAACGCUCAGCAACCGCAGCAACCGCAGCAGAACAAGCCCUUGUUCGGAGGGGGCACUACCACCACCACUGGUACUGGAACUGGGUUCGGCGGCUUUGGCGCCCAAAAUACUAGUGCUGCCAGCCCCUUUGGUGGUACUGCCGCAACCUCAUCUCCAUUCGGCGGUCAGCAGCAGCAGCAACAGCCGGCGACGGGAACGAGCGCCUUUGGUGGAUUCGGACAGCAGAAUCAGGCACAAAACCAGACACAAAAUAAAGGAUUGUUUGGUGGAUUCGGCGCCAACACCCAGCAGCAGCAAACUGCCACCCCCGGUCUCUUUGGCGGCGGUGGUACUGGUGCCACCACGGGCACCUCUCUCUUCGGUCAAAACGCCCAGCAAACGCAGCAACCGGCCGCAGGUGGCUCAUUGUUUGGAGGAAAUGCUCCACAAACUGGAACGAGCUCACUCUUUGGUGGAGCCCAACAGCAAGGCCAGAAGAGCUUGUUUGGCGCUGGCACAACUGGUGCCGCCACAGGCACAGGCGCAGGAACCGGUGCUUUUGGAGGUUUCGGAGGGGCCCAGAACCAGCAGGCGGGGACAAGUAGCCUGUUUGGCGCUGGUCAAGCGCAGCAGCAGCAGAAGCCCAGCCUCUUCGGUGGUGGCACCACUGGCGCAGGUAGUUCCCUCUUCGGAGGCCCAGCUACAGCCGCCCAACCCGCCGGCUCCUCGCUCUUUGGCAACACUCAAAACCAGCAGCAACAGGGAGGUCUUGGCACGAGCAGCCUCUUCGGUAGCACCCAGCAGGCACAGCCAAUGCAACCGCAGCAGGCACAGCAGCCAGUACCCGGCAGCUUGCAAGCCUCUUUGCUGGAUGGCAAUCCAUAUGGUAACCAGUCUAUUUUCUCUGGUUUGCCAGCUCCUAGUGCCGCUAGCCCUGGACCCCUGGCGACGCCUCUCUCUUCGUCCAUCAAGCAGAAGCAGCGGACCCCGCUUCCUGCUUAUAAGAUCACACCCAACGCUGCUAACCGCCUGGUUACGCCCCCCAAGCGCCAGGGCUACGGGUUCUCCUACUCGACUUACGGGUCUCCCUCCAGUUCGACGAGCACUUCCUCUGGCCUCGGCGGCAGUCUCCUAGGUGGCAGUCUACGUGGAAGUGUCAGCGGUAGUCUUGGAAGGGGUAGCUUCAGCAAGAGCUUCUCUACCAGCAAUCUUCGCAAGACCUUCGACCCGGAAACCGACAGUGUCUUGUCUCCUGGCGCACUUUCCGGUACUUCCCGCUUGUCCAGCGGUGGCCUGAAGCGCCUGACAAUCGAUCGUAGUUUGCGCAAUGAUUUGUUCGCGCGUCCUGCAAGCACACCCGCAGCUGCAAUUACCAACGGUGAAGAUUUCGCUCAGACGACCGAGAAAAUGAAGAAGAGAGUGAGUUUUGACUCUUCCUCCAAGGCUCUCGAUGCCACUCUUACUACGGGUGGAGAAGUCGUUCCAAUCACGUCUGAGAGUCCGGAGCCCACUGCUGAGGAGCUUGGAUUCUUGCGCUCGACCCGCAAGAGUGGAAGUGUGAAUGGAAUCAAUGGGGUCAAAACAACUCCUGAGCAUGGCGCUCGUGCUGAGAUGGAAUCUGUGCGGGGUAAGGAUCUCCCUGCUGUUCCAGAGGAUGCCGAACAAUCUGCAAUUACCGACGGGGCUGCCCGACUUCCCUUUGUCCCUGGAGGAGAUCCCAAACCCGGCGAAUACUGGAUAAAGCCAUCGCGGGCUGAACUUAAUAAGAUGAGCCGCGAGGAUCUCAAGCAUGUUGUUGGCUUCACUGUUGGACGCCAACACUGUGGCCAGGUGACCUUCGAUGAACCUGUCGACCUGACAACUAUCGACCUCGACCAAAUCUUCGGUGGCCUUGUGGAGAUCGGUGUGCGCAAGAUCACCGUCUAUCCCGACGAGGCAAUCAAGCCUCCAAUGGGUAAGGGGCUGAACGUCCCAUCUAUUCUACGCAUCGAAAACUCGUGGCCUAGAGGCAGAGACAAGAAGUCGCCUUCGCCCCUCACGAGCGGACCUCUCUUCGACAAACACGUCGAUCGUCUGAAGAAGGUAACCAACACCGAAUUCAUCGACUACGAGAAACAGACGGGAACAUGGAUCUUCAAAGUGCCCCACUUCACCACCUAUGGCCUUGAUUAUGAUAGUGAUGAUGAAGGUGAGAGCCUCAACCAAAGCACUUUCAGUGCUGCUCCUGACACUCCGACUCCGAAGGCCCAGACCCCCGCCAACUUUGUGAAUACCGUGGGCUCAGAGCCAACGUCCACAUUCACAACUGAUGACUCCUUCGUCGGUUCUGUGGCUGGAGUCGACGACGACACUUUUGAUUUCAAGAAGCGUAAAUUGGUUCCAGGGGCGUUUGGCAAUCAGCCAAUGGAGACAAACGGAAAUCAGGAUUAUGCUUCCGAAGAAGAGGAGUCUUUUUUAGGGGACGGCUCCACGGGUUCAACUACUGAGCAGCAUGGUGACGAUGUCACCGAAAGCCAGCUAUCUGGCGAAUCAGACGUUGAAUUCGAUGAAGGCGAGGAAAUGGACAUGGCGGGCACCUUUCCCAACCUUGAUCAUACCGUGGAGCACGACGAUGCCAACAGCACCGACAGCUACAUUGACAACACCCAGCCUUCAUUGAGGCCAUGGGAGACUCCCUCCAAGGUCCGACUGGACCGGAGCGGCGAUUGGGCCGAACAAUUGCAGCGAACGAUCAGUCCGAGAAAGCAAAACCGAGAUGCGCUUCGCGAGAUCCAGGCAAAUGCUUUCAUCGAUCGAUCGCUUCAUGACAACACGCCGAAGAUGGCCGUGGCCGACAGUCGACAGAAAGGGUUUGCAACAAGCAUUGAUUUGAUGAAUUCGUUGUUUCAGCAACCGCGCAAGCAGCCAGGACAAUCUCCUUCCAAGGUGCAACCUGUGCAGCCGAAGGGUCUUGAGUGGCCUUAUAAUCAGCAGCCCAAAACCUUUGCUGGCGAAUCGAAUGAACUAAGUGAAGACGACCUGGCCUUUCACCACUCAUUCAAGCCACGAUGGGGUCCAAUGGACUCUUUGAUCUGCGCCAGAAAUGACAUGAGAGGAAACCCACCCCAGACGGGCACUCGAUGGGAAGAAAAGCUCUCUAUCACCAGUGAAGGAAGGGAUGUCGAUGUGCUGGUUUUCAAAAAAGACAACGAGCCUAGAGGAAUGCUUGAUGCUCAGCAAAAGCAGACUCUCGUUGAGGUGACCGACGGAGUCCCGUUCGCGCAUUUGAAACAGGCUGACUUUGGGUCAUUCACACAAACGUCACUGAGUUCUAUGCAGUCAGACAAAGAGAGACUCAUUUGGCAGCUGACUAGUAUUCUUUUCAACGAUGGGAUUGAAGAUGAUAUUUCUGCCGGAGUGCCAUCGCAACUUCGCUCUAAAUAUCUUCACCGCAUUAAAAAGGACCGAUUGAGUCGCAUGUGGGCAGGGGUCGUGCGUGAGAGACAUGCCCAUGAUCUGGACAAAGCCGGUUCUCCCGAAGAGCAUGCUAUCCACUUGCUAUGCUCGCACCGAGUUGAAGAGGCUUGCAAGGUUCUAAUCGCCAGCCAAAACCUCCACCUGGCAACACUGGUCUCGCAAAUCGGCAGAGAUCCCACUUCCCGUUUCGACAUGGCCAAGCAGAUUGAGACGUGGCGCGAGCACAACGUCUGGUCGGAAAUGACGGAGCCAAUUCGAGCCUUGUAUGAGCUGUUGGCGGGAAAUGCGCUUCGCAGUGAGGGAAAGUCUGGUGGCGCGCUGGAGGAUCGUGCCUCGACCUUCACCUUCACCGAGCGGUUUGAGCUAGAUUGGUUUCAGGCCUUUGGCCUCCGUCUGUGGUAUGGCAUUUCUGACGACGAGCCUAUCGAGACGGCGGUUUUCAAAUUUGCCCGGGAGCUUAGUAGCGGAGAAGAAGCCGCUUUCCCCUACCCUACCUCUCAUUUGGAUGGAGCUGGUAUGUCACAAGCUACACCGGUCACUUUUGGGCUGGAGUCUCCUCUAUGGGUUCUUCUCAAGGUCUACUCGGGCACUGCUGUCGGUUUCAAGAAAUCUGACUUGCCGGCCAUGGAAUUCCCUGCUGCCCUGCUACCCGAAUCCGUAACUGGCGAUAAGCUCUCCAAUAGGAUUACCUUCCAGUUGUACCAACUGCUUCAGACUGCUAUUGGGGAACAUGAGACCUUCAAGGUCGAUCAGGCUCGGGCUGAUCAGUUGGUCUGGGACUACGCCUGCGAACUCGGCUCCACCGGGGAUUUGAGGCAUGCGCUAUUCGUUCUGCUCCAUCUUUCUCGCCCAUCUGAUCGUGAACGCGCUGCCAAGGAGACGUUGGCACGCUUUGCGGCGUUCUUGCCGGACCCGCUUAACGCUCAGGGUACGCCAGAUACCACAUGGCAGUAUCUCACAGCUGAGCUGCAGCUGCCCGAGGCCUGGAUCUGGGUUGCAAAGGCCCUGUACGCCCGCGAUAGCGGGGAUGCCGCGAGGGAGGUGGACUGUUUGAUUCGUGGCAAGAAGUGGAACGAUGCGCACUCGACCUUCUGUCGCAUCGUGGGUCCUACCUCGGUGAUUGAACGGGACUAUUCUACUUUGGAGGCUUUGAUCUCGGGCUUCGGCGAGGGCCCAGAGCGAAAAGUCCAGGGCUGGGCAAGCAGGGGUGGCAUCUACGAGGAUUUCCUGCGUCUUGUCACUGCCAAGAAUGGGAAGCGGGAUCCAGCUCGCCUGAGUCGCUUGAUCAAGGCGCUUGCCACGAUGAGUGAGACGAUUGAUAAGGGAUCCGGAGUGGAAGGGUUAGAGGAACGCGUGGCUUUCAAGGAGAUGAGCCGCGCUGUUGCUGGGUGGACUGCGCACGAGGAUGUCAGCGAGAUCGAAUUGCCCUCUGUGCUCAACCUGCCUCUUACUGGCGACGCGCGCAUCAUGCAAACGGCAGAGAUGAGCCGGAGAUACUACAGUACUAUCAUGGCCGGUGGUUAUUAA